GCAGUUUAAAUCAGUGGCAAUUACAUUCCGUGCAGUACGUUUAGAAAAUACAAAAGAAUGGUGUUACAUACCGAACUGAACAUUAAUUUCAAAUUUAAAUAUCAAAUUUAAAACUACUGAAAGAAGCUCGAUUUGUGUGUGAGGAUAAUGCUCCUUAAAGCCUUUUCUUUUCCACCCAAGUAGCCAUGGGCGAUACGUAGUUCCCUAUUUCGAGCGUGUCCUUCGCCGUAAUCGCAUCCUAUCAUUUAAUAUCGUUAAAUUUAAACAAAUGUUCGCUCUCCAUGUGCUUGCGCGCUCGUCGCCGCCCCUCGUUCGUCGCGUAAAACGGUUAUGCGCUACCCAGCGCCGCAAAGAAUGAACGCGUAAAUGUGUGGCUGCGUGUUUGUAUGUGUGUGAGUGUGUGUAUGUGUGUGGUUGCGUUCUAACGUUUUGACAGCUGCGAAUUGCAUCUUGUCUUGCUAGGCUGACCAGAACAGAGUAAACAGAGUGCGUGAUUUGUGAGAAGAAAGAAAACCCGCAACAACAAAAAAAAACUAAAUAUUUUCACAGCUGCGUUUUGGUGGAACGGCCCACAAUCGCACAGCCUAAUACUGAUCGCGUGCAAAUACGGUAAAGGUGAACCAAAAUCCACAAAUCCCAUGGCCGCUUCACCGCCCCCUCGUUACUCCACGCAUCCGUACCGGGCGACUACAUGGCAGUGGUCGUAUCCGCUCCUGCUAACGCUGCUCCAGCUGUCGACCCUAGGCGUGUUCGCACUGCAGAAAGAGCUGACCAUCAACGUAGCGCCCGGCAAUGUGGACUGCUUCUUCGAAUCGGCCAAAGCGGGCCAAACGAUCGACAUCGAGUACCAGGUGAUAGACGGUGGGCACGGUGACCUGGACAUCAGCUUCGAGCUGGCGGAAGCAACGGGCCGGACCAUCUUUGCCGACUACAAAAAGUCCGACAACAUCCACCAGUUCCCGGUGCCGUACGAUGGCGAGUACAAGUUCUGCUUCGACAAUGGGUUCAGCCGGUCCAACAGCAAGACCGUGUUCUUCGAGCUGAUUAUCGGGCGGGAGGGCGACCAGGACGAUCCGGCCGGCUGGUCCGACAUCGAUCUGCUCGACGGCCUGACGCCGGAAGAGUUCUACGACAUGAAGGUGCAGGACAUGGAGGACGCGAUCAAGCGGGUGCGCAACAACCUCACGAAGGCGCGCCAGCUGCAGGACGUGCUGCGUUCGCACGAGGCGCGCGACCGCAACGUGGCGGAGGAGAACUACUUCAAGGUGAACGUGUGGUCGUUCUUCCAGAUACUGGUCAUGGUGGCCGUCGGUACGCUGCAGGUGUUUAUGGUCAAAUCACUGUUCGAUGUGGAUUCGCGGGCGUACAAGCUGCUCACCAAGCUAUAACGCGCUGUUAGCAAAUGGGAGCAAUCAUUACAACUCGAAUACUGAAAAGCGCACACACGGCCAUACCAAUGUUUGCCAUACAUACCAAAGCUUCAUACUCGUCAUCGCGUGGGUCUUGGCGCCCGUUCGCCGCACGUCGUUUUGAAACGGGCGGAGAUAGACCUUUGCGAUCGCUAAUUUAAUGCGUUUUGAAGACGCAUCGAAACCAAGCCAAGUGCCAUACGAAGGUGGUACGACCAAGUACGUGAGUGAGAUCGUGAUCUUGAAACGAAUGUCAUCGAAAUACAACACGAAGGAGAUUUUAA